UACAGCGCUACUGCAUUUAGGUGGCGCGCGCCUGCGUGGUUAUACUUAAACAAGGCGUGGAGCAAAGGUACUGCCAUUGAAAGCCAAGCCGCUUCGACGCUCGACAUGGCCGAGGGAGCACCAACUGCCAGGACCGACACGCCCCUGCAAUCAACGCCCAUCAUCGGCAGACAGCGCGGUGGCGGGCCGCCUCCACAACCGUGCUCCGACAGCUUCUGGGCGAACCCUGUGUUACGCGUGCAGGUACGCAGCGCGUACGGCUCGCCGGCUGACAACGACGAAGACGAAGAAGACCCUGUCCCGCUCUCGCCGAUCCUGGCGACCAACGUGACGACGAGCAGCGGACCUAUCUGCCGCAUCUGCCACGAGGGCGAUCACGGGCUUCCGCUGCUGUCGAUAUGCCUGUGUUCGGGCACCAUGGGACUGGUGCACCUGCUCUGCCUCGAGCACUGGCUCAGCACCAGCGGUAGCGAGGCCUGCGAGAUCUGCCACUAUCACUUCAACGUCGAGCGUCGGCCCCGGCACUUCUGCGAGUGGGUGAACAGCGUCAGCGUGCGCCGCGCCUUCUUCGGGGACCUGCUGUGCUUCGGCCUGCUCUCGCCACUAGCUUUCCUCUGCGGCGUGCUCUGCCUUCACGGCGCCGCGCAGCAGGUGCUCCAACGACGGCUGUGGGAAUCCAUCGGCCUCGCUGCGCUCGCUUUCAUGCUCUUCACCGUAUACAGCGCCUGGACCGUGCUCACCUUCCGCUACCACUACCGCAGCUGGAGGAAGUGGCGCGUGGCCAACCCGUACGUCAAGGUGGUCGACGCGCCCCGUGACCUGGACUUCUCUGUCGAACCUAAGUGCAAGGGGUCCAAGCCACAAGACCGCUGUGGCAACGCCCCCCGCGCGCUACCGCAGACAGGCAGGAGCAGCUUGACCUUUGCAUCGGGUCUCGAUUCAUCGUUCGAGAUUUGCUCCCCAAACACCGUGGCUUCCGGCAGCACUGUGUGGGAGUACCGCACCACACGCCUUUGAGACGAGUGCUGCUGCGUACUUUUAAUGUAAUUUUUUUAUAAUUUUUAUUUUCAUCACUUAGUUGUGGGCUUUUAUUAUUAUUACUGGUGCCUGAACAUCGCAUCUAUAUGGCAAAGAAGCGUGUGUGUUCUAUGCAAUAAAUCAGUGCGCCUUGAA